AUGGGGCGCAAAGCAGAACUGCAGCGCAUAGCGCUAGAGCGCUUGAUGGGUCCUGAAGUGAUGGGAACAGUGGAUAAGGAUGUGCACUUCACGGACCCAAAGGUUUGCCGCAACUUUUUGUGCGGUACGUGUCCACACGACCUAUUCAGUAAUACGAAAAUGGAUCUGGGUCCAUGUCCAAAGUCGCAUUUACCCCGAUAUAAGGAGCUGUACGACGCUGCAGUUGAACGUGGUGAAACAUUUCCCGUUAUUGUGGGCGACUUCCAGCGCAAUAUACAAAUGUUUGUUGGCGAUAUCGACCGCAAAAUUGCUGCGAAUCGACGGCGGCUUGAGCAAACUCCUGAAGAAAUGGAGCGAUAUAACUCUAUGAUGCGUGAUAUUAACGAAGUAGAAGAGGCCAUUACUGCAGCCACAAAUGAAAUGGAGUCCUUGGGUGAGCAGGGUCGUGUGGAAGAGUCGCUAAAGGAGCUUGAAAAGGUUGAAGCACUGAAAAUGGAGCGCUCAGAUAAGGAAAAAGAGCUUCAGACGUUACAAGAAAAUAGUGGCGCAAGUGGCCACCAAAAGUUGCGCGUAUGUGAUAUAUGCGGUGCCUACCUCAGUAUAUUGGAUUCAGACCGCAGAUUGGCGGACCACUUUAGUGGCAAAAUGCAUAUGGGAUACCAGCGCCUCCGCGAUCUCUUCCGUGAUAUGCAGAGUGAACGCCGAUCAACGGAGCAAAAUCCGCUGCGUGAUCGAUAUCGAAGUCGGUCGCCCCCCACACGGUGA